AUGAAAGUUGAUGUUUGGAUUAAUGUGGUGGUUAUGAUUGGUUUGUUGGCAUCGAAAGCAAAUGGCGGUGCUUCCAAAUAUACAGCAAUGUAUGUAUUCGGAGAUUCUCUAUCUGACGCCGGAAACAACAAGUAUUUUGUGGACACUUCAGCCAAAGCCAACUUCCUGCCUAACGGUAUGGAUUUUAGUAGCGGCCCCACCGGAAGAUUCUGCAACGGCAAAAUCAUCGUAGACUUCAUUGCGGAGAUGGUGGGGCUUCCUCUUCUUCCAUCCUAUGCAGAUGUUAGCGUCAAAGGCGCCACCAUUCUAUAUGGCGUCAAUUAUGCUUCAGCUGGUGCAGGAAUUCUUCGCGACACCGGAUACCGCUUUGGGCGUGUGAUCCCUCUGGAAGAGCAGAUAAGCAAGUUGAGGAAAACGGUAGAUGAGUUGAAAAGGCAAAUGCAAGGGAAUGAUGAAGUGAGCAAGUAUUUGGCAAGUGCAUUGGUGUUUAUCAACAUCGGAUCUAAUGACUACCUCAACAACUACAACAUACCCAAAUACUACCAAAGCAGUCACAUCUACAAUCUUCACCAGUUUACUGAUCUCCUUAUAAACCGCUACAGACAGAAAAUACUGGAAAUCCAAGGUUUAGGGCUGAGAAAGUUUUUGAUAUCAGAGGCUUCACCUAUAGGUUGCGCGCCUAUUAAUAUUGAAAAAGGGGAGUGUAACGCCACCUUAAACAAGAUGGUGGCAAUGUUUAAUUCGCGGGUGAAAGGUGUUGUGCAGGAGCUCCGCAGCAACUACCCGGGCUCUGCAUUCAGCUACGCGCCAGCAUUCGAAGUUUUCUUGCGCUUCUUGGGCAAUGCUGAGGGCUACGGGUUUAAGGUGAAGGAUAAAGCUUGCUGUGGGGAGGUGAGUGAGAGUGAGACAGGAGGAACAAAGCCUUUGUGUUUUGCAAAUUCAACACCAUGUCCCAAUAGAGACGAGUACGUCUUCUGGGAUGCUGCUCAUCCUACUCAAGCUGCCAAUCGGAUUCUUGCCACCCUCUUGCACAACACUACCUCAUUACCAUGAUAUAUGCAUGCCUCUCACAUUUCACCAAUAAAUAAAUUAAUAUGUAAGCCUUUUCGAUUCAAUCUAAUGGAAUUCUCACUCUAGAUCCACUCUUUCAUUGUCUACUGUUUUCA